AUGGGCUUUUACCCUUUUGAAGUGACGAUACCACAUGUCAUUUAUUCAUGUCUCGGUGGGUUCAUUGUGCUGUUUGGCAUGUUUUCUUUGUUUCUCCGUGAAAGGCUGUAUAUUGGAGAAGCAUGUUGGGCCUUUUUGUUCGGUGUCAUUAUCGGUCCAUAUGGCGCCGGAAUAUUCGACCCCAGAUCCUGGGGAAGCGAAGAUUCGACGAAUACGGUUACUCUGGAAUUUACUAGGGUUGUCCUCGCAAUAGGUGUCUUUGCCAUAGGGGUGGAGUUGCCCAAAGCAUACAUGCGACGCCACUGGAAAAGUCUAUUCUUCCUUUUAGCACCCGUGAUGACAUGGGGUUGGUUCGUCUCCGCCGGUCUCAUUUACGCCCUAAUUCCAGGCCUCAAUUUUCUGUCUUCUCUUGCCAUAGCCGCCUGUCUCACGCCAACAGACCCCAUUCUCGCAGCCGCUGUCGUCGGUGGGAAAUAUGCCGAUAAGCACGUUCCCGCUCAUAUCCGACAUCUCUUGGCAGCAGAAAGUGGUUGCAAUGACGGUGCUGCCUUCCCCUUUCUCUACAUCGCCCUCUAUCUCGUCAUUGACGCCCCCAGCACUGGUAAAGCUAUCAAAGAUUGGUUCCUUCUCCUAUGGCUCUAUCAGGUCGUCCUUGGCGUAGUCAUUGGUUCCUGCCUCGGCUUCGGCUUCAGGCACCUAAUGAAAUUUUGCGAACGACACGAUCUGAUAGAUCGACAUUCCUAUGUUGCCCAGUAUGUCUCACUCGCCAUGUUCGCCACUGGGGUGACCACUCUUCUCGGCUCAGAUGACCUCUUGUCAGCAUUUGCCUGCGGCACCGCGUUCGCGUGGGAUGGCUUCUUCAACCGACAGACGGAGGAGUCUGUUUUUAGUUCCGUCAUCGACUUGCUCUUUAACAUUGCCGCGUUUGUCUUUGUAGGCGCAUGGAUGCCGUUUAAGGAUUUCUCUAAUGAAGAACUCACCCUCAGCGUGUGGCGCUUGAUCGUCAUUGCCAUUCUCGUCCUCCUUCUCAGAAGGUUACCGGUCAUGAUCGCGCUGUACAAGUGGAUUCCGGAUAUUAAGACGUUCCGCGAGGCUGUCUUUAGUGGACACUUUGGGCCCAUUGGAAUUGGUGCCGUAUUCAUAUCGACGCUUGCGGCGGAAGUCUUGCACAAUAAUCUAGGCGACAACCCUAGCCAUCAAAAUGAGCUGCUUGUCGACACCAUUCAGCCGAUUGUCGCAUUCAUGGUUCUGUGCUCUAUCACUAUCCACGGUCUCUCGAUUCCGUCCUUUUCUCUCGGUCGACGCGUGCAUUCCGUAUCACGGACAUGGUCCCGACACGCCUCGAUGCCCGAUUGGACGAACCAAGCACGGAUGGUGGAUAGACGGGAGGAUAUCGUUGUCAAUCGCGAUCAUGUCGAUGAAAUGGAACGGGGGGAAAUGUCGCCCGAGGAGAAGACAGAUGUGGAGAGCUCACCUAGCAGUGGCAGCGCGCCUGCAACGUUGUCACAGAAGGAAGUGGGGCAUGAGCAUGAGGUCGAGAGGGAGAAUGACGCCGUUCAAAAUGCCGAAGAGAAGGAGAAGAAAGAGGGCUCCUUGCAUAUGCCGGAAGGCGAGGAGCCUCCUGAUGGCCGGGAGACUCUUUCCGAGUGGCAAGAAGGACCAUACAGGAUCAUUGAACGGCGUGCUGGUCCCGGCGAGGAGGUUGAAGUCGAGGUUAUCAAGAAUGCUGGUCACGAGGAAGGAGAAGAAUCUCACAUUAUCCGCACUACGGGCCACCAUGACUCCGUCCGUCAUGAAGUCAGGGCUUUGCUCGAGCGGCUGGCAGAGGGACCUCCUAAGGUUGUUCACACCAUCGAGCAUGAAGUUGCCAAGGCUACGCGAAGGCUGUCUCCUAGUCCUCCACGAAAAGAUGGAGAGGAAGAGGAGGAGGGAUGGGCAUCGGAACAUAGUGACGCUGAGGGUGAGGCCUCGACAUCUGCUAUGGACCGGCGUAAACGGUCAAAAUCUCCACGAGUGAAGGCUCCAGUCAAGUCUGGAACGAAGAGGAGACGAGCCUCGAUACGACGAGGUCUGGCGGGGCACUUCAUGGCGCAGGAAGGCCGAGGGAGGGAGUCCUUAGCGAGUCCGCAACAUCUGAGGGUCAACAGCGUGAAGGCGAUGGAUUCGUCGAGGGAAGCGUCCCCGUCGCGGUCCAUCCGUUUCGUAGAUGAGGAGCAACAGCGUCAUAGUGGUGGAAGUGGGGCUAGCACACCGAGGAUGAAUGAAGAGGCUGAUUCGACGCGGAACAAGGUCACGUUUGGGGACCUGCCGCGACCGAGUAGUAGUGGAAAUGCGGGUGUAUGA